AUGGCAAACCUAACAACUCCUCCAGCCUGGACUAGAGUCAUCAACAGCUCCUUAGACCCAGGAGACAACAGCUACAGGUGCAUAUUUGAUGAGGACUUCAAGUAUGUCCUGCUGCCUGUCUCCUACGGCAUCGUGUGCGUGGUGGGGCUCUUUCUCAACCUGCUGGCCCUCUACGGCUUCAUCUUCAGGAUCAAGACCUGGAACGCCUCCACCACGUACAUGUUCAACCUGGCCGUGUCCGACACGCUCUACGUGGUCUCCCUGCCCCUCCUGGUGUAUUAUUAUGCCAUGGGGGACAACUGGCCCUUCAGUGUGGGCUUGUGUAAGAUAGUCCGCUUCUUGUUUUACACCAACCUCUACUGCAGCAUCCUUUUCCUCCUCUGCAUCAGCAUCCAUCGAUUCCUGGGCAUCUAUUUCCCACUGAAGUCGCUGCAGUGGGGACACGUUCGCUACGCUCGGAGGGUGUCGGUCAUCGUGUGGGUGGUGACCGUCGUGUGCCAGUCGCCCGUGCUCUUCUUCGUCACCACCAGCGUGAAGCGUGACACCAUCACUUGCCAUGACACGUCCAGCAAGGACCUCUUUGGCCAGUUUGUCAUUUACAGUUCAGUGAUGCUGGUGCUGCUCUUCUGCAUCCCUUUCCUCAUCAUCAUCAUCUGCUACUGCCUGAUGGCCCGGAGGCUGCUACAGCCCACACGGGGAAUCUCCCGGCUGUCCCGAUCCAAAAAGAAGUCGGUCAAGAUGAUAAUCAUCGUCUUGGUGGUCUUCAUCGUUUGUUUUCUUCCUUUCCACGUCACUCGUACCUUGUACUACUCCUUCCGGAGUUGGGACUUGAGCUGUGAAACCCUCAAUGCAAUCAAUUUAGCCUAUAAGUUGACUCGUCCCCUGGCGAGCACCAACAGCUGCUUGGAUCCCAUUUUGUAUUUCUUAGCCGGACAACGAUUUAUGAAGUUUACGGGCAACAAAAUACCCGGGAAGACUCAAAAUGAAAUGGCACUGGGCAUCGUGCCCGACAGCCACCUGGGAACCAGCAACGACACAGACGCGGUAUCCAAGGAUGUGAAAUUCUAG